AUCGUCCUUCCCCCCCCCCCGGGACGGAGGGUGGAGCGCGGGGCGGGCGAGCGCAAAGAGUUGAUGAGCGUCUCCGAGGAGCGCGGCGACCCUUUGAGCUCCUCCGCUGCUUCGCAAUUAAAGACUGGAAGCUAAACAUACGAAGAACGAUUGGAGAAUCUCCACAGACAUAAGAAGAACGGCUGCAAAUAAACCGGCCAUGGCUAGUCUAGUGAAGAGAAGGACCAGGGGAGACAUGAUAGCAGUGUUCCAAUAUUUGAGGGGCUGCCUCAGAGAGGAGGGGGGUCAAGCUAUUUUCCAAAGCACCCGAAAACCAGACAAGGAACAAUGGAUGGAAACUUAUCAAGGAGAGAUUCAACCUAGAAAUAAGGAGAAAUUUUCUGGCAGUCAGAACACUCAACCAAUGGAACCGCUUGCCUUCAGAAGUUGUGGGCGCUUCAUCACUGGAAGCUUUCAAGAAGAGACUGGACAGCCAUCUUCAGAAAUGGUUUAGGGUCUCCUGCUUGAGCAGGGGGUUGGACUAGAUGGCCUACAAGGUCCCUUCCAACUCUUUUACUCUAUUCUAAGCAAUGGUCUCAAAGGGGUUGGCUAGGCUGGAGGAGCCACGAAAGCCCAUGAGUGUUUGCUAUGCUCACCUGGGAAUAAGAGCCAUUGAACUCAAUGGGGUAUACACACUUUGAUAGAGGUAAUGCCAUUUACAUGGUGGCUCUCAGGAUGGUUUAAAUUUUAAAGUCACCCAUUUUUGGUGAACUCUCCCUCUGGGGCUGGCAGUUACAGUCAUCCAAUUGUUUAUAUGGGAUUUAAUUAAUGCCAAGUGGCCAUGCUGUUAUAAUUUAAUCGACACCAACCCGUAUGGACAAUUUAAGAGGAACCACUUCUGAUUGCCAUCGGGGAUUUGUUUGGUGGGAGUGAGUCUCCAAAAUCUGCUGAUUUUAAGAAAAGGCAAAGUGCUGAAGUGCUGUAUGAAAUCCCCACUUCAGAAGAGUAAUAUUAAUCUGGUGACUUUGGACCUGUCAUUGGUUCUCAGUGCAAAGCUGCUAAUAUUAAGGAAAAUCUCUGUGGGAGAUGUGCAAUUAAGAAAUAUGAAAUACAAACAAGCAGGCCUACAAAAAACCUCCCAUAUGCUAUUUUCUGCUGCCAGAAAAAGGAUGCAAAAGGAUGGGGCACAAAUGCAAACAUCUUUAAAACAUACUUUUAUGGCAUGUCUUUUCAGAGAAUGAAGCCGUCUUGAUCAGGUGAAUGGCUAGUGGAGUCCUAGUAGACAAUCACUUAAAUGUGAGCCAGCAGUGUGGGGCAGCAGCCAAAAAAGCCAAUGCAAUCCUAGGUUGCAUUAACAGAGGGAUAGUAUCAAUAUCAUGUAAAGUAUUAGUACCACUUUAUAAAGCCUUAGUAAAAACACCUUUGGAAUACUGCAUCCAGUUUUGGUACCAUAGUAUUAAAAAGAUGCUGAGACUCUGGAAAGAGUUCAGAAAAGAGCAACAAAAAUGAUUAGGCGGCUGGAGGUUAAAACAUGAAGAAUGUUGCAGGAAUUGGGUAUAUCUAAUCUAAUGAAAAGGAGGACUAGGGGUGACAUGACAGCAGUAUUCCAAUAUUUGUGGGGCUGCCACAAAGAAGAGGAGGUCAAUCUAUUUUCGAAUAUAGCUGUCCUUAUCCAUCAAUGAACUGAUUAGUAUAUGCAAUGUGAUUUUAAAAAAUAGCAUUUUAUUUUGCUGUUACAGGAUAGUUAAACCUCUUAAUAAAUUUGCACUUUGAAACCUGUUUCGUUUGAUUGAGAAUGCCCUCAUAAAUUCCAGAGAUUAAGUGUCCCAGAAUGUUUAAAUGAUUCAUUUUUAUAAAUUGCCAUUUUCUGUUGCCAUUGGAGAAUUGGAUCCAGCAUUUCCUUCUGACCACUCAUUUGCCACAUUGGAUUAUGGAGUUGGACUAUGACUGUGCAAUGAGGAGGGGACUGGACCAGUGGUGGGAUUUAAAUUUUUUUACUACCGGUUCUGUGGGUGUGGCUUGGUGGGCAUGGCAUGGCUUAGUGGGCGUGGCAGGGGAAGGUUACUGCAAAAUCCCCAUUUCCUCCCAAUCAGCUGGGACUCAGGAGGCAGAGAAUAGAUGGGGCCAGUCAAAGGUGGUAUUUACUGGUUCUCCAAACUACUCAAAAUUUCAGCUACUGGUUCUCCAGAACUGGUUAGAACCUACUGAAACCCACCUCUGGACUGGACUUAACUUCUCUCUGCUGAGUCCUCCCCAUCCAAAAGAUAGUGGUGUGCAAAUCCAGUUUAUAAUUAAAUGUAUUGGGCAAAAGAUGGCUUGACCUUGGAUACAUUGGUAUAUGAAUCUACAAAGAGGAGUGAUGAAUGGGUGAAGCAGUUGUUCUUCCAUUCUCCACAUUAGCUUAAGUGGUCAAGGAGGAAGAAACAAUAUGACGGUGUGUUAUAUCUCUUAUGCUCUUUAACAUUUAUACAAAGCUUCUGAAUGAGGACUUUUCAAAAACUUGAAAUUAUUGUACCAAUCAUUUGGUCUCGGUAUGUAACACUAUUUCUCUGGGUCAGAAAGACUACCUGCAGAUACUGAAGUGGUAUCUAGAUUUGGUAAUGAUCUGGAUAAGGGCCAUUAAACCAAAGCUUCGAAAGGUCUUAGAGGCAUGGAUAAUAUUAGUCAUGGUUAUUUCACAACAAAAAUGAUCUGGCUAUGGUCAUCCAUGCUCUCAUCAUUGCCACAAAGAUGACUUAGAAAUUCUGUGCAGGAUGUUGACCCUACAGUACAGUACAGUAUAGUACAAUUCAUUCAAACAUUAAAAGAAUUCCAAUGAGAAGAACUGCACUGUUGCUUUAUUUUGCUUUUUCACUCAGCUUAAGGUUAUAUUUCUUUCAUUUCUAGCUCUUGGGAACAACUUUGGAACCAACUUGUCAUGCCAAGCCAUGAUUUAAAAACUUCCAAAAUGGCAUUGUUCCAAAUCCCUCCCAUGCAGGAAGUGCUAUUUUAAAGAAAAGAACUUCACUCUGGGAGAACCUCAGUUUGGGAACAUUUUCUUCCUCAAAAGAUUCAGCAAGUUGCAAUCCUAUUGAAAGCAUCUUCAGAAUUGUGGCAUAUAGAAGAGAUUUAUCAGUGGCAUGGAAGCUUUUAGAAUUUGGUUGAUUCUGGCUGUACUUUGCAAUUUUUGUGAAAGAAUGAUGCCAUGUGGUCCAUCAACACAUAUUGAAAUAGCUCAUAGAGGGCUGGAAUUUUUCAGCCAGCAAGAUGGACAACUUGACUAUCGUAAGUUAAUACUAGCUCACCAAGAUGCAUAUCAAGCAGGAAGUCUAUAUCCUGAUGCUUUUUAUUCUGACCUCUGUCAAAACGGGUUGUUCCAUUAUGUUUCUGAAGACACUCACUGGUCACCUUUUCUCAACACAAGUAUCCAUUAUAUCAGAAAGAACUAUCCACAGCCAUGGGAAGAGGCUACAGAGAAGCUGGUGGCUUUUCUCUUUGGGAUUGCCUCGCACAUGGUGGCAGAUGUAAGCUGGCACAGCUUGGGGAUUGAACAAGGAUUUCUACGGGACAUGGCAGCUAUUGAUUUUCAUGGCUCAUAUUCACAAGCUCAUUCUACUGGUGAUUUUGGGGGAGAUGUGUUAAGCCAAUAUGAACUUGAUUUUGAUUAUUUGAACGCAAGCUGGUAUGUGCCUGUUAAAGAUUUACUGUCAAUCUAUGAGGAUUAUUAUGGAAAGGAGGUGAUAACUGAAAAUGCUAUUGUUGACUGCAGCUAUCUGCUACUCCUUAAUCUCUAUGCUGAGAUCAUCGCUGCUGCCAAGCUUUACCCCAUCUAUGCCAAUAAGUCCCCAUUUUUAGUGGACAAAUUCUAUGACUAUUUCCUUGGCGGAGUGGAUGAUAUGGCAUUCUCAUCUAAUAAUAUUUUUCAGUUAACCAGUUGGAUGUUAAACUAUGGUACUAGUGGCUGCUUUAUUCCUGAGAAUCCUUUGUUUAUACGGUGUGAAGAUGAACAGAGAAACUUUCCGAUGUUUAAAGAAUCCAGAACUCAACACCACAGGAAGAUAACUUCUGAAGUGGCCAAAUCAGUUGAAAAGAAUAUCAGUUUUACAGAAAGAGGAGUUUAUUUAAAAGUUCCCGGUUGGACAAUGUUUCAAAAUAGUGACACAGCAGAGAGUUUGAUGAACGUGUUGGGAGUCCUACAGCGACGCUCAUCGAAAUACAUCACCAAGCCCAGUGCUUCAUAUUUUCUGAAAACUCCAUAUGCAAAACUUGGAUCGGCUAUGGCUUCAGCUGACCUAAAUCAGGAUGGAUAUGAUGACCUGGUGGUUGGAGCACCAGGUUACAGCCAGCUUGGGCAAAUUCAGUUGGGACGUAUUUAUAUUGUUUAUGGUAAUGAAUCCGGGUUGCCUCAUUCCAACCUGGACCUUGAUCAAGAAGCAGAUGAAAUACUAGAAGGCACUAAGCCUUCAGGAAGAUUUGGUUCUGCCAUAGCAAUUUUGGACUUCAAUGUGGAUGGAAUAUUGGAUCUUGCAGUAGGAGCCCCAUCAGUAGGAGCCCGGGAGCUUAGUUACAGGGGUUCUGUAUACAUAUUUCUUGGCAACAGAGGAAGAGGUUUCCACAGUCUUCCAAAUAUUACCAUAAUUUGUAAAGAAAUAUAUUGUAAUCUAGGCUGGUCCCUGAUGACAGCUGAUGUUGACAGGAAUGGAGAUAAUGACCUUGUGCUUGGUUCCCCAUAUGCACCUGCUGAUGGAAUACAAAGAGGAUUUGUGGCUUCUUUUUAUUCUUCCUCUUACAGAAACAGGAAAAGCCUGCUCUUUGUAUCAGAUGCUGACUGGAUGGUAAAAGGAGAAUCAGAUUAUGAUUGGUUUGGCUCAUCACUCAGCAGUGUCCAGCUCCUAAAUAAAACCUUGCUGCUUAUUGGAAGUCCUUUCGGGAAAAAUUGUAGAAGAUUAGAGUGCUAUUUCUCUGAACACAACAGGCAAGCUGUUGGAAAGGUAUAUGGUUAUAUCCCACCAAACACAAAAAGCUGGUUCACUUUACGUGGGGAUGAUGAAAAUGGGAAAUUUGGUUCAGCUUUGGCAACUGGUUUCCUUUCCAUAGAAGGAAUCUCCAAGCAAGUACUGAUAGUUGGCGCACCAACGCAAGACAGCGUCUCCAGGAUUUCAUUUAUAUCCUCAGCGCUACACCAAGCAGGAAGUGUUUUGAUAUACGACUUGAUGGGAAAUGGCACGCCUUCCUUACUAAGCACAUUUAAUGGAGAUAGGAGAUUUUCACGCUUUGGAGAAGAGGUGCAGUUACGGGAUCUGAACAACGAUGGACUUGAUGAAAUGAUUGUGUCAUCGCCUCUUCGAAACCAAAAAAUUAUGGGUGGAUUGUUUGGAGAACAAGUUGGAUAUAUUUAUAUAUACAGUGGAAACCAGACCACUUCAGGUCAUGUGACAGACCACUGCAAAUCAUGGCUUUCCCCUUGUCCUGAAGAGUGGGCACAGUAUGUUAUAAUUUCUCCAGAGGAAAAAUCAAGAUUUGGGAGUGCUCUUCUCACAAUAAAAACUGGAGAAAAGAGCGAAGUUAUCGUAGCUGCUGAAAGAAGUUCAACUAAAGCCCGACUUAGUGGAAGGCUUUUUCUUUACACCUUCUGAUUAUCAUUCUGUGUUUCAAAGAAUCUCUUCAAUGAAGUAAUCCCAAGUUUUGUGCACCAGUAAUUCCUGAAAGCAGAACAGCAUAACAAACCUGCUCCUGACUUAGUAUAUGAACAAUACUAAACCUUUUAAGAAGUUAAUCAUGCUUCUUAAAAUUAGUAAUUUUUUAAAGAUGUUCAUGUUAAAUGGAAUAAUGAGGGGAAGUUUUUCUAAAUCUUUUGCAGCUUUUGGCCAUUAGCUAUUUAACAGUUGCAUGACAGCAGGUAUAGUCUUACUUUUUAAAAAAAAAAAUAUUCCAACAGACUUGGAUUUAAUAUAUUGGAGAACAAAGCCAAGAAUCGUAAAUGUGAAUUAUACAAAACCAGCAUCAAUAAAAUAGAUUUUCUCUUUA